AUGGCAAAUUGUGUACCGAUUAAUCUUUUAGAUCAUUGUGGUCAAACAGCUUUGUACUAUGCUUGCGAAAGAGGUUAUGCUAAUUUAGUAGAUUUUUUACUCCAGCAUGGUGCUCGUCAUGGUAUUCUCGAUCUGAAUCAGACAUCUCCACUUUGGGUGGCCUCUCGACAAGGCCAUGCAGAAACUGUUCUUGCUAUUCUGAAACAUGGUGCCCAUCCUGAUCAACAGGCCAAUAAUCAAACGAUGGCUCUCUAUAAACCAUCGUACGAAGAUCAUGUCAUUUGUGUCUAUCAUCUUGUUCGAUUCAAUGCAUCAGUGCAAUUAUCUAAGAAUAGUGGUGCAUCACCGCUCUUCGGUGCUGCUAGAAAUUGA